GUGUAAAGUGAAAAACUGCUAUUCAGUAAUGGUUGACAAAGCUUAUGAUGACUGCCUAUCAUCUCACAGCACUGUAGUAAUGUAGUAAGCGUAAUGCUUCUUAGUCAAUUAAGCCCAAUCAACAAACUCGUUGCUAAUGUUUAAUGUAAGUGUCCGGUGAACUGCGUCAUAUUAAUAACAAGUUUAUAAUGGAACACCCACUAGGACUAUCACAGCUCACGUCUGUGACAAACAUUCUAUGUUCCAAUUCCAAAGUGCAUCACAAAGUCAGACAGCCUCUGUUUGAUAAAACGACACUCGUUGGGCAUUAUGACGGCAUACCAUAUAACAAAUAUUAGACGGUAUAACAUAACAUAACAUUAACAGACUAGUGCAAGUAAAGACUGGAUGAAUGCUUUGUUGCAAAAGUCUCAGCUUCGGAUAAGUGGUAUUUCAACAUGCCCGCGAAACCAGGAGCCGUGCCGAACGUCAAUGCGGGCAUAAUGAUGAGACCGAACGCAGUUUCGAGGAGAAAGGUGGCAUUUGGCAGUUGCCAAGAGAGGCCUAUAUUUCCAACACAUUUCGCCCAUGACAGGAUGGGUAACAAGAUGUUACUGAAAGGACCUCCUCACCUAGGCCCUGGUUGCUAUGACAGCCACAAUUGGGGCACUAUAGCUUAUGAACUGAAGAGGCCAGUAAUCAAAGGAUACACCCUGGCCUCCCGGACAUCGAUACGCUUUCCAACCAUCAAAGAGUCCACCAGUCCUUCGCCCCAGACGUACCAGCAGGACUGGGUGAAGCCCAAACGCCCUGUCCCGUCCAGGGUCCCGUUCCACUCCUCCGAACCCAGGUUCCGGGCCCCGGGCGUGACGCAAGACACCACCCCUGGCCCAGGGACAUACAGCCAUGACACUGUUCAGAACAGGCAGGUGGCCUGGCCCAUGAAAUUUGGUGCUACAGACUGGGACCUGGUCGUCCAGCCAAAGAAGAUAACUCUCAGGACUGAGGCCCCGUCUGAAAGGGAUUUCAAGAAACAGAGGGACAAAGUGGCACAGCUUGACCUGUACUACACCUGAACCUGCGCCUGAAUCCAUACCUGUGUCCACACCUGGAGAACAAACACGGACCCAGCAAAUUCAUCUCUCACUGUUGAUAACACACCCCCUCUCACUCACGAGAACACAGUGCGAGUGUUCGUCCUUGAAAUCCGAACAGGGAUUUGUCAACUCAUAUCACAAGCACAUCUGUUCGGCUGUCUUUCAUCCCCACUUUCGCAAAACCCUUUGUUUUAUUUCAAUAUUCUAUAAACCUAUGUCUCAUGUAGUUCUCUGUACUUCUACAAGUGUCACUGUAAAAAGUCCUGUCCAAA